AUGGGUAUCCACGCAAAACACUGCCCCGAAUUCAGCGACGAUCGCACUUUAUCCAAAUGGAUACAUGAGAACGCCACACUACCAGAUGGAACAACUGUACGACCGAUUACAACAGAUACUGCUGCCUUUGCUAAAAUUAAGGAUAACUCUGAAUGCAAACAAUGCAAAGUAUGUAAAGCUUACUUUAUUGCAGUCGGGCACCACGCGAAGAAAUCUACCGGCUUUGGUGAAGAUCAACUGCAAUUCAUCUGGUACAACAAAGCCGCUGUCCCGGAAACUUCUUCACCGAUACCUACGCCUACGCAUGUGCCUGUCCCGGAAACUCCUUGGCCAAUACCUACGCCUACGAAUGUAAGUGCAUGUGCCUGUCCCGAAAACAUCCUUGCCGGUACCUACGCCUACGCUUGUGCAUGCACCUCUCCCGAGAACUCCUUUGCCAAUACCUACACCUACGCAGAUGCCUGUCCCGGAAACUUCUUUGCCAAUACCUACGCCGCCUGUGUCUGUACUCAUGGCAUCGCCCAUACCAAUAAUACAUUCUGCACACACACAACCACUUCUAAAACACACAGAACCAUACACCAGAUUUACACACAAGCCAAAACAAGUACCUAUGAAACGAUGUAUAGCUGA